AUGAAUCCGCUUUCUGCCGCUCUCGCGGCCAAGCCGCGAGCGUCGGUCACUAGGCACCAGCGUCGUGUUUUUUCUCAGACUCAGCACGGCCACACUGCCGUGAGCAGAGGUCACGCUGGAACGCCGAGCGACUUGUUUCCAUACAGAUCUUGCUUUUCGUCAGACAAAGCUGCGGAGAAAAGAAUGCCGUUGGGCUUCCUUUCUCGUCAAGGGAGAGCUGUACACGCGACUGCUCGACUCGCUCAAGGAAAACGGGAGACGCUUUGCAGUUCUUCCUGGGCGCAUCCAGGGUGUCCGACGACACCCUGGAUGUCCGAAGAGGACGUUCCAGGGUUCCGUCGAUAUCCGCGAGAAAAUCGGCAAUCCAUUCGCCGCCUGGGAACAACGACUUCUCAGCUUCAGUCCGGUGUUCCUCCGUCGUCUCCUCCUUCUGCUUCCUUUUCUUUCACUUCGCUUCCUUCUCCUGCCUUGGCUUUUGCCAGCUCUUUUCUCCGACCUUUGGAAGCUUCUCGUUGUGCCCUGUGCCUGUCGCAGCAGAGGUGGAAGUCCGGAGCGGUGCUCGGUUCAGUCCACAAAUCUCCACUCUCACCUUCUCGCCUUCUCUCUUCUUUGUCCGCCUCUUCUCUUGUCUCCUCCCUCUCUUUUUCUUCCUCGUCCUCGUCCGCUUCCGGUUCUGAGUCUCCUGGGUGUUCUCCCGCUGCCACGAGUCACCGCGGGAAGUGCGACUUCCCUCGCCGAGUCUGCAUCGUGGGUGCUGGACCAGCAGGUUUUUACUGCGCGAAAUAUCUGCAGAAGGCGGUGCCGGAUCCCAGCAGCUUGCAGGUGGACAUGGUCGAAACCCUGCCUUCUCCCUACGGCCUCGUUCGCUAUGGAGUCGCACCAGACCACCCAGAAGUGAAGCACGUCACAGAAGACUUUGAUUUUGUUGCGAGACAGCCAGGCUUCCGCUUCUUUGGGAAUGUCACCUUGGGUACAGAUAUCUCCCUAGACGAACUUCGGUCUCUCUACGACGCCGUCAUUCUCGCUUACGGAGCUGCAGGAGACAAACCGCUGCGGAUCCCUGGAGUCUCCGACCUUCGCGGCUGCCUGUCUGCACGUGAAUUUGUUGGGUUUUACAACGCGCAUCCACGCGCGCUCAAGAAGGCGCUUUCUCUCCUUCCGGAUCUCGGAGAAGCGCCAGGAGGACUGCAGCCCCCAGCUGCCUGCGUUAUCGGAAACGGAAAUGUAGCUCUAGAUGUGGCGCGACUACUCGUCAAGGCGAGAGAGAAACUGCAUACGACCGAUAUCCACCAUCGCGCGCUGGAUUGGUUUUCGCACGCUCGCAUCCGACAUGUUUCUGUGAUCGGAAGACGUGGAUGGAUGCAGUCCUCGUUUUCCAACAAGGAACUUCGAGAGCUCGUGACAGACGACAAGAUUCUCGCCGUCGUCGAUCCAGACGACUUCUCCGCAAGUCUCACAGAAGCUUCUUUGAAAGAACUUCAAGACUCGCGUCUGAAGCAACGGUCUCGUGCGUUGUUUGAGCAGAUGGUCGACAAUUGGGACAAGCGCGAGAGUCUGGACAGACCGGUUGUUCAUCUUCGUUUUCUGACGUCUCCCAUUCGCGCCUUGCCUCAUCGAGACGACGCGUCUCGCCUAGGGUCUUUGGAGGUGGUGCGGAAUCGCCUCGAAGGCCCAGCAGGCGCGCAGAUGGCCGUGCCCGAAGAAAAGGCGAAUCUGCUGGAGCAGAAGGCUCUGCGAAAGGGAGAACAGAGAGAACAUCUUCCGGAAGAGGACGAACGAACGAGAAGAAACUUGUCAUCCUCGACGCAUGAGAACAGACUCCAUACCAUAGACAGAGACACGCCUACAGCAUCGCUCUCUAAUACAUCGUCUUCAUCUUCCGUCCUACCUGCUUCGCUGCUUAUUUGGAGUAUCGGUUUCAAGCCUGUGCAUGCAGCGGAUUUGAAUUUGCCUCUCGUUGAAAGCACAGGAGCCCUCGUGAACGAUAGAGGAAGAGUUGUCGCGCCAGUGAGGGACGAAAGAAAACGAAUUACACUUGGUGGAGUGUAUGCAAGCGGCUGGGUCCGGCGAGGUCCGCGGGGAGUGAUUGCAACCAACGUCAUGGACGCUCGAGAGACAGCUGACCGCGUUCUCUCUGACCUCGACCUUUCGACUUUUUCAAUUUCUUUUGCCGGUGCUGGACCUGACUCCCGAGCUUUCGCUUCUCCCCCGAGCGCUUCUCGCGCGUCCCCGUCACCCGCCAGUGUGCAUGAAGCCGUAGGACCCUCUUCAGGCGUUGCGGCCGACGCGCGAGAACAAGGGGAGAAGAGAAGGGAGACAAAACAUGCGACAGGGAAGAGAGAAGGUCUUCAGCAGCGCAGAGAGGCAAACGCGCUGCCGGAGCAGCCGCCUCGGUCUCUCGAUACACUCCUUCGACAGAGAGCUGUCCAGCCUGUGAACUACACUGGCUGGCUACGCGUGAAAGAAGAAGAAAAGCGGCGAGGCAAAUGUCGAGACAAGUCUGCAGAGAAGAUCGCGUGCGUCGAGGAAAUGCUGAAAAUCGCGCAAGACAGACAGUCCGACGGAGAUUCAAGGCUGUGA